AUCAGCAACUGUGAGCAAUCAAAUGGAGAGGAACUGCCUCUCGCUGUAAAAGUUCUUCCUCCCCUCCGGAGGGUCAAAGUCUGAACGAAACCAACGCCAGACCACGGAGAGUCAAAUUGACAAGAUUUAACUUCGAGGAGAGGAUUAACGGAGUUUAUAUUUCUGAAGGCGAUGGCUACACUGCUGAAAUGCAGCAUUUUUAUUCUGCUGGUGUUCUUCCUGACUCUUGUUCCUGUGUCAGCCGAAGGAAAGGGGCAGGAAUUACGCAGACACAAAAGAGAAUGGAUCAUAGCUCCCAGACAGUUGAAGGAGAACCAUGAUUACACCACCCUGCAGAGUAUUGCUAGAAUUCGAUCCGAUAAGCAGAACCACACAAGGAUAAUGUAUUAUCUAUCAGGGCCUGGAGUUGACCAGCCACCUGUUGGCGUAUUUCGUGUGGACUCCGAUGGCUAUGUGAAAAUCUAUUCUAUUCUGGACCGAGAGAAGACCCCCUUUUUUCGUUUGAAAGGUAUGGCGAAAUACGCUAACGGGACCCGAGCUGAAAAGGAUAUUGACCUUAACAUUACUGUUUUGGAUGAAAAUGACUGCACACCGAUCAUCAAAGUACAACAAGUUGGAUAUGUCAAUGAAUCGAGCGCAAUAGGUACUGUUGUGAUGAAAGUAAUUGCUACGGAUGCUGAUCAGAAGAACACAAUCCACUCCAGGAUUUUCUACAGUAUUGUGGAGCAGAGCAGCUCAGCUGGGAUGUUCUUCAUCAACUCUCAGACUGGAGAGGUCAUGGUUCAACAGAACAGUCUGGAUAGGGAGACACAAGAUACAUAUACAUUGACUAUAACAGCUACAGACAUGGAUGGACAAGCUGGAGGAAAAAUUGGAAGUGAACAAAUUUCGGUCAAAAUUCUGGACAUAAAUGACAAUAUUCCAACCCUUGCAAAAGAAUCGUAUGAAGGGAGUGUGCAGGAGAACAAGGUCAAUAUGGAAGUGAUGAGGAUGAAAGCCCUUGACAAGGAUCUGAUUAACACUGCAAACUGGGAAGCUAUGUACACAAUAAUUUCAGGGAAUGAGGCCGGCUAUUUCAGUAUCACUACUGAUUCCAAGACCAAUGAAGGAAUUAUCAUGAUCAAUAAGGCUUUGGACUAUGAGGAGAUUAAGUCGCUUAACUUGGAAGUAGCUGUUUCCAACAAAGCAGCGUACAGUUUUGGCAGUGGUUCUGCGACAGGGGCUGGGGGUUCUGCGACAGGGGCUGGGUCUGGAUCUGGGUCUGGAUCUGUAGUCUCAAAAGCCUACCCCGUUAAAAUCAAUGUGGUCAAUGAGAAGGAAGGCCCCCGAUUCCAACCAAGUGUCAAAGUGGUGACUCUCUCUGAGGACCAAACUCUCGUCUCCAUCAACAAAAUCAUCGGAAACUAUGCUGCUAUUGACAGUGAUACCCUACAGACAGCCACCAACGUAAAGUAUGCUAAACUCAAAGAUGAUGACAACUGGUUGAUUAUUGAUGAAAAGACAGCAGAUAUCCGGCUGAAUAAACUGCCUGACAGAGAGUCCGCUUUCUUGGAAAAUGGGACAUAUUAUGUCGAAAUUAUAUGCACCACCGAUGAUAAUCCCUCAAUAACAGCUACGGGGACCAUAGCAAUUCAGGUGGAGGACUUUAAUGAUCAUUGUCCAACACUGAUCGCUACAACGCAAACAAUGUGCCUCGAGGAUCAAGUGAUCUACGUCACGGCCGUAGACCAAGACGAAUUCCCCAAUUCUGCCCCAUUUGAGUUCACUGUGAUUGGGGGGAGUAGCGACGGGAAAUGGACUGUGGAGAGUCUUAAUGCAACGACAUCCAUUCUGCGAGACCAUGCCAACUUGUGGCCUGGCUCUUACAAAGUGGCAGUGGAGGUCAAAGACCAGCAGGGAAAGUCCUGUGCUGAUGUGGAGAUGGUGGAUGUAGAUGUGUGCAGUUGCGGAGACAAAACCAAAACCUGUAGGGAGCGUAUUUCAAAGGCAGCCGGUUUUGGAGCUCCCGGUAUCCUGCUUAUGCUCCUGGGCCUGCUGCUCCUGUUGUUGCUGCCCCUGUUGCUGCUGUUCUGCCUGUGCGGAGGUGCAGCAGCUAUUGGAGAUUUCAAGGCUAUACCAUAUGAUACAAAACAACAGCUCAUCUCAUAUCACACUGAGAGACAAGGAGAAGACAAGGAAGUUCUGCAUCUGCUUGCACCAUUGGAUCAUGGUGGAAGCCAUGUGAAUAUGAAGGACAUCAACAACUUUGGAGAUAACAUGUACAUAUCUGGGGUGACUGGUGGAGGAGGUUUAGGCGCUGGUCACACCUUGACAUCUGAGAACAUGCAGAAGAACAUGUACAACCGUUAUAAUAACGGAAUGGACUACGUUGAUGGUGGGAUGAUGACGGGACAAGAACAUAGUUUCUCUCGUUCUGGGGCUGGGGCUGGGGCUGGGGCUGGGGCUGGGGCUGGGGCUGGGGCUGGGGCUGGGGCUGGGGCUGGGGCUGGGGCUGGGGCUUGGGCCUUUGAUGGGAUGGCUCUGUCCAACCAAUACCUGGAGGAGUAUUAUUCAAGUAAAUACAACCAUGCUGCACAACAAUCCCAGGGGAAGGACGCUCUGCUGGUCUAUAACUAUGAGGGUCAGGGGUCCCUGGCGGGUUCUGUAGGUUGCUGCAGCCUUCUUGAAAAUGACGAUGACCUUGCGUUCCUCAAUGACCUUGGGCCUACAUUUAAAACCCUGGCUGAGGUUUGUCAUGGGUCAACUUUUGUGAGCAAGUCAGUGGAUGCAGGGGUUUAUGUCUCUCCACCCAGACCAGUUUCUCCUGUCUGGCCCUCCCCCUCCACCCACACACAUGUAAGCACUCACUCAGAAACAAUCAGGGACAGGGACCACGUCAACAUCAGCACUCUCAACACCUCUAAUUUAGCAUCUGAAUCCUCCACUUUUGUGCAGGAGGAGCGAGUCACUGACAUAGCCCAGGGUUCAGCAUCUGUUCCCACUGUACAUGUCCAAGACAAGAUAAUGAUUCCCAGUCAGACGAUGCUCAUACAGCAGCCCACUAUGUACUAUGCCGCCACGCCCAUGUAUGUAGUUGAGUCCAAUCCCCAAAUGGUGCUUGUGACAGGGGGAACCCACGGGGCAGUGGGUCAAGUAGGACAAGUUGGGUUAGGUCAGGGGCUGAUGCAAGUUGGUGGUCUACAAGGCUCUCAGGGUAUGGUCCUUGUGGAUAGACAAGUAGGAAUGGGUGGAAUGGCAGGGCAAGUAGUACAAGGCAUUUCACAAGGAACUCUCUCCAGAUCCGGACAAAUGUUGGUGGUGGAGAAUGCGUCCUCAGGUGGAGUGCAAGGAGCACACAUAGCCCAGGGCUUUCUUCAGACAGGACAUGAGUCUGCAGGGCAGGGUUUGGAGGUCAGAGGGCAAGGUGUGCAGUUUCAAACUCAGAGAUUUUCUUCUAAUUCUCGCAGCUCUACAGGGUCCAAUGAGGAGACUGCUCUGAAAGCCACACCCAAAACAAAGGGAAGCCAGAAAGUGGUUGUGCAACGUAAGAAGAUCUCAGUCACUGAGAGAAAUAUUGAAUCGAAUACAAGAGCUUAAAGCAGCCAAUAUUUAAUUUUAGCAUAUCCACUAAUUUCAUGCUUCUUUUUAAAUAUACUCCAGUACAUUUGAGUAAACUGAACUAUACCGGGGUAUAUGUACAUACAGAUGUACAAAUUGUAGUAAAUCUGGUAAAAUAAUAGUUUACUCUACUUGACCAAAAGUGCAAUACUGUAUGUCUUUAUCUAGUUAACUAGACUACAUGACAGUGUUAGCUAUCAAAUAAAUUUGUCCAUACUAAAACUAUUAAAAUGAUAUUUGUUGUUGCCAAAAAGUGGAUUGAUUUAUUGUAUGCUACCUGCUAAAAUUAGGCUCUGUCAACAUUAGUGUAAAGUAUAGAAUUUGGCAAACCCUCUGACAUUUGGAGGCUCUGUCUUUAUUUCUGUACUUUCAACCCAGCAGAGGAAAAACCUUAGCAAGUGUGAUAACUCUCUUAACUCCAACAAUGACCAUUUAGGCACCAAAGAACAGCCAUAAACGCAAUGUGUAUAUUUCAGGUGCACAACUAAAUAGCUUCAGGGCAGCAACAGCCAAGUAUAUAAAAUGGAGCAGUGUUUAACCUAUCUCCUAUUGCAGUUAAAUGUCAAUUCCCUGGUUUAUGCUCCUCAAGUCUCACAAGGUUAUUAUGUAGGAUGCAGAUAUUUCGUUUUCAAAAUCCAAAUAUCCCAGCAUCUGACAAAAAGUUAUGUACAGUAAUUGCUACAGUUAUACUAUGAUUACUAUGUACUGUGGGACAGUUAAUCUAAACUGUUUAACUUAUUCUUGAGUAUAACAACACAGAAAGUUCAUAGAAUCCUAAACUUUAGUCGCUUACUGAAAGUUGAAAUGACUAUAAUUAAACCAUAAGUUGUUAGCAUUUAGCGGUACAACUACUGAGAGAGGGACUAAGGCAGAGGUAAAACAAAGUUUUGUAGCUACUGUAAUUUUGCAUGUUUCUAUAUAUGCUUUGAACACUAGAUUCCGCUCUCUAACAUCUGUAUUUUGAUUAUGUGUUGUAAUUAUAAAGAUGCUAUAGUUACAUGUUGUAAUAGUUAGCUUUAGCCAUGCAUGAUGCGUCGCUGACCUUUUACAAAUUGUUGAAGUUAGUUAUACUAACUAAUCUACAAAUACUAUAUGGGUGGCCUCUGUUUGGGAGAUAGAUAAGGCUGUGUUGACUGUAGACCGGAGAAAAGUGUGUGAAUGAUGAAUGGCAAUGUAAAGAGAGCAGACUGUUUUUAACAUUAGACAACACACAGAAGUCAACACAGACUAUAAACCAAAGAGAAUACUGCACAGAUUCUCUAUUUUAUCGUUGCACUAUUUGUAUUAUUUCUACAGAGCAUGUGGUUUUUCUAAAUUGUAAAGACCUUAAAAAAGAUUUUAGUGCCAAAUCUUAACAAAAAUAAUGUGUACAAUAGCUGAUGGACCUAUUUUAUCAAAUGUAUAUUGUGUCAUACUUACUUAACUAAGACAGGCUUUUGAUUGUUUAAUUUGUUGUUGUGUGCUGUUGACAGGGUGUUGGGUAUGUAGAUAGGUAAAAUGGAUGAGCUUGCCAAGCACUGAAAACAUUUGGUUAAAUGACGCCGUUUGAUAUUGCUGUUCUUGCUAUAGAUUUACAAAUGCCAUAGAUGCUAUAGUUUCAUCAAAGCAGUAUUGGUCAUGAUAAUGGGGAUGUUUCUUCUUUUUUUAAGUUUUGCACCUUCUGUCGUAAUAAAAUUGAAUUAAAAAAA